AUGGCUCCCCACACAAAUGGAACCGUUGAUACCAAUAACAGCAUCCUCAAACCCACCGCCCCAACAUUUCAACCCGUCGCCGCACUCGCAGACUCCAAGUACCACUCAACCUCCACAGCCUCAGCAAUUGAAACCGAGAACAAGUACGCAGCCCACAACUACCACCCCCUACCUAUAGUGUUCGCGCGCGCCCAAGGCUCCAGCGUCUGGGACCCAGAAGGGAACCACUACAUCGAUUGCCUUUCAGCAUAUAGCGCUGUCAACCAAGGCCACUGCCACCCGGAACUUGUCAAGGCAUUGUGCGAGCAGGCAAGCCGGCUCACGCUCUCCUCGCGCGCCUUUCACAAUGAUGUAUUCCCAAAAUGGGCCGAGAAGGUCAAGCAGGUAUUUGGCUAUGACAUGGUGCUGCCGAUGAAUACUGGUGCAGAGGCCGUCGAGACGGCCAUUAAGAUCGCGAGAAAGUGGGCGUACAAGGUGAAGGGUGUGGAGCAGGGGAAGGCGUUGGUAUUUUCUGUUACGGAGAACUUUCAUGGACGGACGAUGACAGCAAUCUCCAUGUCUACGGAUCCCGAGUCCCGCGACAAUUACGGUCCUUACGUCCCAGGCGUUGGCGCCGUGAGCCCCUCGACCGGCAAACCCAUCCGCUUCAACAACGUUCCCGAUCUCGAGGCAGCUCUGGACGCCCACGGAAAAGACACCGCAGCAUUCAUCGUCGAGCCUAUUCAAGGUGAAGCAGGUGUCGUUGUACCGGAUGACGAUUACCUUACCAAGGUCCAGGAAUUGUGCAAGAAACACAACGUCUUGCUUAUCUGCGAUGAGAUCCAAACUGGUAUCGGACGAACCGGACGCAUGCUUUGCUCGGAAUGGGCGGGUAUCAAACCAGAUCUAGUCACCCUUGGAAAAGCCAUUUCGGGGGGCAUGUAUCCUGUUUCUUGUGUUUUGGGAUCGAAGGAGGUUAUGCUCACUAUUGAGCCUGGAACGCACGGUUCGACAUACGGUGGAAAUCCGCUGGGAUGCGCUGUUUCUAUCCGUGCGUUGGAGAUCAUGGAAGAAGAGGACUUGACCGCGAAGGCCCAGGCGCUGGGCAAUUUGUUCAGACAGGGACUAGCGGAUUUGAAGAGCCCGAUGAUUAAGUUGGUGAGGGGAAAAGGCUUGUUGAACGCUGUUGUUAUUGAUGAGUCGAAGACUGGGGGUCACUCGGCCUGGGACUUGUGUAUGUUGUUGAAGAGCAAGGGACUGCUGGCUAAACCAACACAUGAGAAUAUCAUCCGUCUCGCACCACCCCUUGUCAUCACAGAAGAGCAAAUUAAAGACGCACUACGCAUCAUCGGCGAAGCUAUCAUCGAACUCCCGAAUCUGAAGGGCGCGAAAGAGCAUGAGGUUAUCCCCGAUAGCGAAAAGGGCGUUCAUAUCCAUGCCCUACGCGUCCACGGCGGGAUUCCUCAGCUUAUAUUUCACGUAUCUGCUUCGGCUACCUUGUUGCUUCUUUUGUUCAAUUAUCAACCCAACCACACUGUUUGUUACUGUGCUGAGGUACUGCAUAUAGGCGUGAAGCUUAUUCGCAAACACGCACUUUAUUCACUCGCAUCCUCAAUCAUCGAACUUCAGCCGCACAAAAUUGUCAUGGCAGAAGAUCAUGUUGGGAGUAAGGCUUCAGUUGCCGCAAUUAUGAAUGCCAUCACCCAUCGUUCCUUCCGACACUGGACCCGCGCAGUCUCCGUGGCAUUCAUUCUCCUCGCCGGCUACCUCUCUCUUCGAUUUUUCUCUGGCUAUCACGAAUCUCCGUAUCUCACCUCCCCGAUAGAUAGUGACGCCUCCGCCUCGGCGCCCGAACCUCCGCCAACCCUAAGUGUCAACCUGGUCCUAGCCUCCACGCAGAAGGACAACGUCGAUUGGGCACACAAUGUCAGCAUCCCGAAUGCAAAUCUGAACAUUAUACGCUAUGUUGCGGAUGAUCCAAAUGCGCAGUAUCACCCGCCGCAGAACAAGGGCAAUGAAGCGAUGAUCAUCCUCACCUACCUCCACGAAUUCUACGACGACCUGCCAGACAUAUCCAUCUUCACGCACUCGACUGAUGGCGCCUGGCACAACGAAGAGCUCUUCGACUUGCGCAUUGCGCCCGCGCUCAACGUUCUCGAUCUCGACGAGGUCGUUCGCCGACAAUACGUGAAUCUGAAGGUCAGCGGCUAUAAUGGCUGCCCGGCAUGGAUCAAUACUAGUAUUACCAGUAUUUCGUCGCCUGGUUACAGUGGGUUGAAGGAGGAGGAGCCCUAUAUGAAGGAAAUCUUCCAGGAUAAUUUCCCCGGAGAUGAGGUCCCGGAGAUCUUUGGGAGUGCGUGUUGUUCGCAAUUUGCGGUUACCAAGGAAGCCAUACAAGCCAAGCCGCGAGAACAAUACUUGCGACAUCGAGAUUGGUUGUUGAACCAGCAGUACCCGAAUAAUAUCUCUGGGCGAUUGUGGGAGCAUUUGUGGGCAUAUAUCUUCCUCGGGAGAGCAGUGGAGUGUCCGGUGGAAUAUAAGAAUAUGUGUCGCCAGUACCAUAUCUGCUUCGAGAACCAGGAGAGUUACGAGCGUUGGGUCAAGAUGGAGAAAGAGCGGCUUAACUACGAAGAGAAGAAAAACAAUCCAGAGUUGCCGAAUCCGGAUGAAGCUUCGGUGAAAGCGAUGGAGAAUUUGAAGUUCGUUAUUACGAAUAUGAAGGAGGGGGCUGUGACGAGGGGUAAAUCGGCAUCGCUGAGGGAAAAGAUUGCUGGUGAUCUGCCCAAAUGA